UUGCUUCUUAUCAUCUGAUGUAAGAACCCAGGCAAGUCAGCCCUUUUCUCAGAACAGGGGAAGUUUUUACCAGGACAGAACAUUCCAGCCGUCCUUGAAGAGGAGAUUCCGUGUGUCAACACCCACCUCCAUGCUUGAAUGGUCCUUUGGUGAUUUUGGAGAUUCCUGAUAUAAUUGUCUAAAGGACUUGAACAGGCAAACAGUGAGCCACAGCGAACACCAGAGAGAUUUUUUAGGGAGUUUGAAAAUAGAAAGAUUGGAGACAUGGCGGCUUUCGGUCUGGAGAUAGUGGGAGUCACGCUCUCGGUUCUUGGCUGGCUACUCAGCAUUGUGUGCUGUGCUUUGCCCAUGUGGAGGGUCACCGCGUUCAUCGGUAACAACAUUGUCACGGCGCAGGUGUACUGGAAGGGAAUCUGGAUGAGCUGUGUGGUUCAGAGUACUGGACAGAUGCAGUGUAAAGUCUACGACUCCAUGUUGGCUCUUCCUGCAGACCUACAGGCGGCUCGGGCUCUGGUGGUGGUGUCCAUCAUCGUGGGUGUCCUUGCACUCUUUGUCGCUAUAGUGGGGGCCAAGUGCACUAACUGCAUUGAGGAUGAAAGAGCCAAAGCCCGUGUGAUGAUCAGCUCUGGUGCCGCUUUCAUAACAGCCGCGGUCAUGCAGCUUAUUCCUGUGUCCUGGUCAGCGCACACUGUUAUUAUGGAGUUCUACAGUCCAGUUAUUCCAGAAGCUCAGAAAAUGGAAAUAGGGGCAUCGCUGUACCUUGGCUGGGCUGCCACGGCACUGUUGCUGGUUGGGGGCUCCAUCCUGUGCUGCAGUUGCCCACCGAAAGAUAAGACGAGGUACCCGCCACAAAGUCGUAUCGCCUACUCAGCCCACCACUCACUGGUCCCGAGUACCCAGAACAAGAGAGACUAUGUCUGAAGACCUCAAAGGACUUUAGAUUUUUACGGUCUUUCAUUGAAAGAAGCCAAGCAGGCAGUUAACUUGCACAAACCUGUAUCACAUCCCCGUCAUCACGUUAAGGUCCUCCUCCACUC